AUGGCGGAGAGCAGCUGGAGCACUGACACCGGGGAGGCCGUUUACCGUUCCCGGGAUCCCGUUCGCAACUUGCGUCUCCGAGUCCACCUGCAAAGGGUCACAUCAAGCAACUUUCUCCGUUACCGGCCUGCUACCCAACCUGGGAAGGACCUCAUUGACUUGGGCACUUUUAGUCCCCACCCAACCGCCAGUGGGCAUCGCCCAGAAAAAGAAGAGGAGGAGCUUGUGAUUGGAUGGCAGGAGAAGCUCUUCAGCCAGUUUGAGGUAGAUCUGUACCAGAAUGAAGCAGCCUGUCAGAGCCCUUUGGAUCAUCAGUAUCGUCAAGAGAUCCUGAAGCUGGAGGAUUCUGGCGGCAGAAGGAACCGGCGAAUCUUUACCUAUACUGACUCUGACAGAUACACCAAUUUGGAGGAGCACUGUCAGAAGAUGACCACGGCACCCAGUGAGAUCCCAUCUUUCCUGGUCGAGCGAAUGGCAAAUGUCAGGCGGCGGCGGCAGGACAGGCGAGGGUGAGCAGGCGGCAUCCUCAAGUCACGAAUCAUCACCUGGGAACCCUCAGAAGAUUUUGUGAGGAGCAGUCAUGUCAUUAAUACCCCUCUUCAGACCAUGUACAUUAUGGCAGACCUGGGGCCCUAUGGAAAGCUUGGCUAUAAGAAGUAUGAACAGGUUCUCUGUACCCUGAAGGUAGACAACAAUGGUGUGAUCACGGUGAAACCUGACUUCACUGGCCUCAAAGGACCUUACAGAAUUGAGACAGAAGGAGAAAAGCAAGAGCUAUGGAAAUACACGAUCGACAACGUGUCCUCGCUCGCACAGCCAGAGGAGGAGGAGCGGGAACAGCGUGUGUUCAAGGACCUUUAUGGCCGCCACAGGGAGUACCUCAACAGCCUCGUGGGCACGGACUUCGAGAUGACCGUCCCAGGUGCGCUCCGCCUCUUUGUAAAUGGAGAGGUCGUUUCAGCCCAAGGCUAUGAAUAUGAUAAUCUCUACGUCCACUUCUUUGUUGAAUUGCCAGCUAACUGGUCAAGCCCAGCACCCCAGCAGCUUUCAGGAAUAACGCAGACCUGUGCCACGAAAUCCCUGGGAAUGGAUAAUGUGGCUUAUUUCUCCUACCCCUUCACAUUCGAGGCCUCCUUCCUCCACGAGGAUGAGUCUGACGAUGCUCUGCCAGAGUGGCCUGUGCUCUACUGUGAGGUCCGCUCACUGGACUACUGGAAGAGGUACCGUGUGGAAGGCUACGGGGCCGUGGUGCUGCCUGCCACUCCAGGUGCUCACACCCUGACAGUCUCCACGUGGAGACCCAUGGAGCUGGGCACGAGAGCUGAGCUGAGGAGGUUCUUUAUUGGUGGUUCUCUGGAGCUGGAGGACCUCUCCUACGUGCGGAUUCCAGCAACCUUCAAGGGGACGCGCCUCAGCCGUUUCGGCUUCCGCACGCAGACCACCGGCAGCGUCACCUUCCGCUUCCACUGUCUGCAGCAGUCCAGGGCCUUCAUGGAGUCGAGCUCCCUUCGGAAAAGGAUGCGGAGCGUGUUGGACCGUCUGGAAGGAUUCAGCCAGCAGAGUUCCAUUCACAAUGUGCUGGAGGCCUUCCAUCGAGCCCGGCGCCGCAUGCAGGAGGCCCGAGAAAGCCUGCCCCAGGACCUGCUGAGCCCCUCCGGAACUGUGGACUCCUAG